CAGGUUUGCCUCAGGCCCCUGACUACUUAUGCACUCCCCAGCCACCUACUGGGCAUACCCCUAGGGAUUGUCAUAGACCACAUAAAUAUUCAGCCUGUGGAUUUUCCUCUUAUAGCCUACUACAUCUUAGAAUUCACUAGAUGGCAGGUGGAAGCAGUGGAGUCUGCAGCCAUCUCUGGUCAUUCCCUGUACUAUGUCCGCAGUCUCUGGUCAUCCCCUGUACUAUGUCCGCAGUCUCUGGUCAUCUCCUGUACUAUGUCCGCAGUCUCUGGUCAUCUCCCUGUACUAUGUCCGCAGUCUCUGGUCAUUCCUGUACUGUGUCCGCAGUCUCUGGUCAUUCCCUGUACUGUGUCCGCAGUCUCUGGUCAUCCCCUGUACUGGGUCAGUCUCUGGUCAUCUCCUGUACUGUGUCUGCAGUCUCUGGUCAUCCCCUGUACUAUGUGUCCGCAGUCUCUGGUCAUCUCCUGUACUGUGUCCGCAGUCUCUGGUCAUCUCCUGUACUCUGUCCGCAGUCCAUGGUCAUCUCCUGACUAUGUCCGCAGUUUGGUUCCUGUUGUUUCUCAGUCUCUAAAAUUCCCUGUAGGUGUGUCUCUAUGGUCA